UGUUCCUAUGCAGAAUUCAAUGCUUGCCCUGAGCAAAAUUCCUGUAUAAAUCUGGAGGGUUAUUACAGCUGCAGCCCUGAGCACCAAGAAGCAUAUGCCAGCCCUCUCCAGCUGAGCACAAGAAAAGAUGGCAUGGCAGCAUCCUCUCCAAGCUCAGAGUUGGGUCCCCUUAACAUCACCAGUAGCUCUUCAUCGAUAAGUAAUUCAAGUCUCUUAUCCAUGACUAACCAAUCUACCGAUGCUGGAUGCUAUCCCUCUGCAAUUACAAACCAUCGAAUCUUCAGUGUUACCAGCAACAGCUUUGAAAUGUCCUGGAGUGUCGCAUCUACUCUAAACCAUACUUUCCAAGUCCAAGUAUUCAGGGACAAAAAGAUUGUAAAAAACAUGAAAGCAGAUGAAGUGAAAAUGAGUGUAUCUGGACUGGAAGCAGGUGUGAUGUAUUCAAUAGAGAUCAGCUACAAAAGUUGUGGAAAAUCCAUCCUCUCCCAUCAAAAUGUUAAAACAGAGGCUAAGAUAUUUGGUGUUACUAUGAGGAUUCUCAACUACAACUUCACCGAAGAUCUCCAUGAUCCCAGCAGCUCAGCAUAUGAAGAAUUUUCAAGGCUGCUGCUUGCGGAGAUUAUUUCUGAGGUUACAUCAAGGCAGGAGCGAGACUUGUCCCUGGCUCUUGCUGUCCUCCAGCUAGAGGUUUGGCAGAUUCCAGGUCACGGUGGCAUUUCUGGCCCUGGAGCAGCUCUUGCGAGGCUUCCAGAACUGUGA